CUCCGAGGACUUGAGACCUGUUAGCUUGGCUGGGCGACUGGCAAAUCCUUCCUUCCGCGGUGUAGACGCCUGGGCAGAGAAAUUGGUUCCGAACCCAGGGGAACCCAGCGCCAGGCAACGCCGGGUCACGUGGCCAGCGGCCCCUAUGACGUGGAGGCUGCGGGGCGUCACCGCGACGUUUGGGCGACCUGCCCAGUGGCCAGGUUACUUCCGCCUGUGUGGUCGCGGUGCUGCCAUGGACCUGGGACCCAUGCGCAAGAGUUACCGCGGGGACCGAGAGGCAUUUGAGGAAGCUCAUCUGACCUCCCUGGACCCAAUGAAGCAGUUUGCUGUCUGGUUUGAGGAGGCUGUUCAGUGUCCUGACAUAGGGGAAGCCAAUGCCAUGUGUCUGGCUACCUGUACCAGAGACGGAAAACCCUCUGCCCGCAUGUUGCUGCUGAAGGGCUUUGGCAAGGAUGGCUUCCGCUUCUUCACUAACUUCGAGAGUCGAAAAGGAAAAGAACUGGACUCUAAUCCCUUUGCUUCCCUUGUCUUCUACUGGGAGCCCCUUAACCGUCAGGUACGUGUGGAAGGCCCUGUGAAGAAGCUGCCCGAGGAGGAGGCUGAGUGCUACUUCCACUCUCGCCCCAAGAGCAGCCAGAUUGGGGCUGUGGUCAGUCACCAGAGUUCUGUGAUCCCUGAUCGGGAGUAUCUGAGAAACAAAAAUGAGGAACUGGAGCAGCUCUACCAAGACCAAGAAGUGCCUAAGCCAAAAUACUGGGGUGGCUAUAUCCUGUACCCACAGGUGAUGGAGUUCUGGCAAGGCCAAACCAACCGCCUGCACGACCGCAUCGUCUUUCGGCGGGGCCUCCCAGUAGGAGAUUCCCCUUUGGGGCCCAUGACCCACCGCGGAGACGAAGACUGGCUCUAUGAGAGACUUGCCCCUUGACUCUGGAUCUGCCAUGGUGGAGCUGGGGCCAGGUGCUGAGAGAGGGUAUGAGAUUGGGAGCCAGGCCCUUCUAAACUCAACCCAUUUCCCUCCCUAUCCCUAUAGUUAGGACUCUUCAGAACUCAUCCUCCAAGAUGUCUGUACUCAGCUGGCUCUCAGUUGGCUGGUCAAGUGGAGUGUAACAAUGUCAGAGGGUCACAAAUGGGAAAUAAUCCCCUAAUUAGUUUCUUGACCUUGCAUAUGAUUUGUUGGAAUAGCUCCCUCUAGGGGUAGCAGCUGGUGUAACUUCCUUUUUGAUGAACUAGCAGCCCUAUCUGUUACCAUGUGAGCCAUACUGGGCAAAGCCAAUUGGUCCCAGUGUAGGCACCUGAGCCAAUCUAGCCAAUCAGAUUGUUUUGUCAAUAAUCUGAAAUUUGCCCAUGUGGUGUUUCACAUCUAUAAUACCAGCACUUUGAGAGGCUCAGGAAGGAGGGUCACUCGGGUCCAGGAGUUCAAGAAUCAGCCUGGGCCGGGCGUGGUGGACCA